ACUAUGCAAGAAUUCUUAUUCGUUUAUUCUAAGAAAUGUAUGAAUUUUGAAGAGUACACAACUCUUGAGCCUCAAUUCCCUCUAUAAAUACAACUUGGUGAAACCAUAGUUUUCCGUGCAUUGCAAAUCAUAAACUUAUUUUAACUACUUCUACUUAAGCAACAGUCAACUAAAUUAACAUAACAAUGGCUUCCGUUCAACAAGCUCAGAUGAAUGGAAAAUUCAAUGACAAGCAAAAAGCAGCAAUUGGAAAGGCGAUGCAGAAGGCACAAAAUGUUGUAGAUAACAACAAGAGUGCAAAGGAUGGACAACAUCAUUUGGCUGUAGUAACAGGUGUUAUGCAGAAUGUCCAGGUUCGACCAAUAAUGCAUAUGAAAACCCAUGACGUCCAGGGAAAAUUCGUGGCCACCCCUCCUAAGAUGAUAGGUGGAGAAGCUGAUGGGUCGUUCGUGCAUGAAGGAGCUUAUUCGCAAGGACCGCUUCAAGUAGUUGUAGGCUCCAAGUGUGCAAUCAUAUAUGGUACCAUUGAUAAGAUGGCUCCUGCUCUUGGAUAUCUCUUGGCUUGGGACAGACCCGAUGACUCCCAUGCAACUAACAAGGUGUAUGUAGAAGCCGGUGAGACUAGCAAGCUGAUGAAGAUGGAGUGGAGUGAAAUUCAAACAAAACUGAAUGAAUCGGACACUUACAGUGAAUCCACAGACAAAGAGACAGGUGCUUCAGCCUCCGCUGAAAUUAGGCACGUUGGUGAUAAACGGGCUCUCGUAGCUGCCAACUUCGAUCGCGUCGACAUUAACUAAAUCGUGUUACUGGCAUGUCCGAAAUAUAGCCCAAGGGGCACCUAAGACUUCUCCUAUUAUGCAACUUAUAUCGUUUUUAAUAUAUGUUUUUAAUAAAUAAAGCCCCUUAGGAUUUGUAAUGUUAGAUCAUGAAAUUGAAUCUAAUACUAUUACAGAGUAUUAUCAAUCUAUGUUCAUCUCGUUUAUUCGCUCUA